AUGCUCAUCAAGGAAUCUUAUGUCGAUGUGGCGACCUCCGCCAACGGCAAGGAUGGUUCCAUGCGAAUCUACGUCUUCCACCCCAGCAUCCCCGGAUAUCCCAACGCCAAAUUUCCCGGCGUCUGCCUCUUCUCCGAGAUCUACCAAGUGACUGGCCCCGUCACGCGCUUCGCCCGCCAAAUCGCCGGCCAGGGUUACAUCGUCACCGCGCCGUCCUCCUACCACGACUUCACCGGCCCCGAGGCCCUGGCCUACGACGUCCCCGGCACCGACAAGGGCAACGCCUGGAAGGUCGAAAAGACCCUCGAGUCUUAUGACGAAGACUCCCGCCGCACCGUCGACCACCUCCUCACCCUGCCCACGUGCACCGGCCUCAUCGGCAGCACAGGCAUGUGUCUCGGCGGCCACCUCGCCGUCCGCGCCGCCGUACGUCCCCUCCCCCCUUCCUCUCGCAUGAGUUCCGUACCAACGCGCACCCGAUAG